AAUGAAAGAUAAAAACACUAUAAAUAAAAAGAAAAAGAAAAGCGUUAGAGAGAGAACGUUAGAGAGAGAAAGUGGAGAUAGAAUGAAAGGAGGGAAAAGGAAAAACUCGAGGCUUCCGUCGGAAGCUGCCGGAGCCGGCAGUUUUAGCCGUGACAUCCGUGAGUCGGAUUUAGACGGAGAAGCUUCUGAACAUCAAGAGAGAGAUGAAACUCCCGAAGAUGCCGGCAGCGAAGGCGAGGAGGAACCGGUGGCCGGAGAUGAAGAAGAAGAGAAGGAUGAAGAUGGCGAUGAAAAAAUGUAUGAAGCGUCUGAGGAGCGUCAGAUAGAAGAAGGAGAUGGCGAUGGUCAAGUUAAGAAUGUAAAACCAAAACUUGCUGAAGGGUUUUAUGAGAUUGAAACUGUUAGGAGAAAGAGAACAAGGAAGGGUCAAGUUCAGUAUUUGAUAAAAUGGCGUGGCUGGCCGGAGACGGCAAAUACAUGGGAACCUGUGAAGAAUCUGUUGUCCUGUACUGAUGUUAUUGAUGCAUUUGAAGAGAGCUUGCAAUCAGGGAAACAACGAUCAACACGCAAGCGUAAGCGGAAGUAUGGGGCUACACAGACUCAACCCAAGAAAAAGCAACAGCAACAGCAGCAGCAGCAGUGUUCCCCUGCAGCUGCUACAUAUAAUGUGCCAGCAGUGAGGGUUAGGAUAAUUGAGGAGCCUACACCCUCACCCCCUUUGAAUGUUUUGAAGGCACCAAAUCGUGUGGACAGUAAUGGUGGUGAAUUGAACGGCAAAGUAGACAAGUUGGUGAAUGGAAAUGGUUUGGGAUUGAGUUUCUCUUUAGAAAAAACUGGAGAGCAAAAUGAGUUGAAUUUGAAGCUAAGUGAAUUAAAAGGAGCAAUGUCAACCAAUGAGAACCCUGUGGAUAUUUCUGGUGAUGGUCUCGCAAAUGGAUUUCCUAAGGUUAAUGGUGCAGCAUUAUACCAAUCUGAUCGCUGUACUGGAGCUAAAAAGAGGAAAUCUGGUUCUGUUCGGAGAUUUAAACAGGAGACUACCUCAGCUGUGAUGGAUGAUAUCCAAGAUGCUUUAGCAGGUGGUCCGUUGGCUACUUUUGUGCAAGAAGGAAGUCAUAAUCAUGAAUUGGUCGGCAGUGACUUGGUUUGUAGAAACAAGUCUGAAGAUUCCAAAGAUGGGUAUACCAUUACGCAACUUAUCAACCCGAUAAGCUAUUCAGCUUCUUUCUCCAAUGAUAUGCUGGAUGUCUCAGUGACCUUUCUUGCCAAGAGGUCGGAUGGAAAGGAAACGAUGGUGGAUAACAAGUUUCUGAAGACGAAUAAUCCACUUCUGUUGAUAAAUUUCUACGAGCAGCAUUUGCGAUACAAUCCCUCUGAAUGAGUUGGCUGCUAUGAAGGAAAUAUAUAUGUAGCUCGAUUAGCUUCAUCUCUUGCCUUAUCUUAUGUAUAAAAUGUUAUAAGUUACUUGUUGUAACAAGCUGCAGGGUGUUAACCUAUUAUGUUUAUUAGGAAGGUUAGUAAAUAGCAUGCUAGAAUAUAUAUUGUGAGAAACUUAUAUUAGGUUUACUAUUUCGCGAUAUAAUAUGAUGCUUUUGAGUUCUA